AUGUACGAAUUCAAGCUACAUCCUGAGAGAAAGUUAUUGAAGGGUUUUUACCAUUGUGCUCUUGGAGCAAUUAAAGACCCUUUAAUCAUUGUUCUUAUUGUCUACACCGUUCUUCAUACAUGUUUUGGCCUGAAAGAAUUUGGAACAAAAUCUAUUUGGCCUGAAUGGGGGACCAAACUUCUAGAGAUCUUUGUCGUGGUGAUUGCUUCUGCAGUGAGUAAGUUUUGGCCUGUUUCUCUAUCUCGCGAAUUAAAUGCAGCAAAAGAAGAUGUUUACAGCCCUCGGGUGGAUGUUGUGAGGGAAGGUGUAUGGAUAAGAAUCUCAAUCUCCCGAGUAGUUUUCGGAGAUGUCGUGUUUCUGAAACCUGGUGACCAAGUUCCAGCUGAUGGUCUGUUUAUUGAUGGGGACUCAUUGCAGCUCGAGCCUGUGGAGAAUGAACCAAAUAGUAGGAUUCGUCUGGAAGUUGGACGAAUUGAUAUGGUUGUUGGAGGUUGCGGCAGGAUUGUUGUUGUAACAGCAGCGAGCAGGAAUUGGAGAAACCUGCAACCUCAUCAAGUGACUUGGAUGGUGCAAAAACAUGUUCACGAGUUGGAAAAUCUGACCUCCAUAAUAGGCAGGUUUGGUAAAGCUUUUGCUGUUUCAACCUUUCUGUGGUUUUUAUUUCUAUUUGUUGCAGGGGACAACAAUGAGGAACUAGUUAAUGGUGGUAAUAAGUCCUAUAUUGUGCAAGUAUUGAUUGCUCUGCCGGGAAUGUUGGCGACGCCUGCUAUUAUUGCAUUAGCUUCCAGCCUAGAAGACUGGGUUCUGGCUGUGAAAACCACUCUUGCCUAUUCCAUGAGGAGCUUCUUACGUGAUGAACGAGUUCUAAUAAAAAAGCCCCAUAUCUGUCAUCAUGUUGCAUCCGUUGAUACUAUAUGCUUCAACAAAACAGGAACUCUGACCUCAGAUUCCUGA